GUGUGUACUGGAGUACAGUUGGCGUGUUGCGCCCGGCUCUAGCAGAAUAAUUCAGCUAUCGAUAAAUCCUAUCCCAUUCCCAUGGUUUGGAAGUUCAAAGGCUAAGUUGAAAGCUUGUCUUAGGUAUGGCGCGAUGGAUCAGCGCCGCCCUGCUGCUCUGGGCGGGGAUCAUCCUCCUCCACCUCGGCGCGGCGCAAUCCCACGGCGGAUCCCAUGACGAUGAUGCGGAUGCGGAUGCUGCUGCAGCUGAUCACGAUUUGCGAGACAAGGGUCUCAUUCUCACCAAGGUAUGGUGCUUGAUCAUCGCGUUCGUGGCGACCUUCUUGUCUGGAAUCUCGCCCUACUUCUUCCGCUGGCAUUCGUCUUUUCUGGUGCUGGGCACGCAAUUCGCCGGCGGUGUCUUCCUGGGCACCGCGCUCAUGCAUUUCCUCUCCGAUGCCAAUGAGACAUUCGAGGAGAGGACCAGCAAAAGCUAUCCUUUUGCUUACAUGCUCGCCACCGCCGGCUACUUGCUCACCAUGCUCGGCGAUUGCAUCAUCUCCAGCGUCUACUCCAGGACCGAUGCUUCUCGCCACCACGCUGAUCCAGCCAAGCUACGCGAUGCCGAGGCCGCCACAGCCACCGCUGGCGAUGAUCUCACCAAGGAGGGUUCUACUGUUGGAGACAACACUCUCAACAUGAAGAACAUCGUCACCGCACCCGCCAUCGUCAAGGAGGCGUCCUUCGGCGAUAGCUUGCUACUCAUCAUCGCUCUUUGCUUCCACUCGGUGUUUGAGGGAAUCGCGAUCGGCAUUGCAGCGACCGAGCGAGACGCAUGGAGGAAUCUGUGGACGAUAUGCCUUCACAAGCUAUUUGCCGCCAUCGCCAUGGGAAUCGCGCUGCUCAAGAUCAUGCCCAACAGGCCCUUGCUCUCCACCUCGCUCUACUCCUUCGCAUUCGCCAUCUCCACGCCGAUUGGCGUCGCCAUUGGGAUCAUCAUCGACUCCACGGCUCAGGGAGCGGCCGCGGAUUGGAUCUACGCCAUCUCCAUGGGAAUCGCGUGUGGAGUUUUUGUCUACGUAGCCAUCAACCAUCUCCUGGCCAAAGGAUUUGUUCCCGAUCGCGCAUCAUUCUGGGACACAUCAUUCUACAGAUUUUUGGCGGUCGUGCUUGGCGCCGCCGUCAUAGCGGUGGUCAUGAUCUGGGACUAGAACACUACACACUUUUUCACUUUCAAAAGGCUGUCACACGUUUUUUUAUA